AUGGAGCUUCCAGAGGGGUGGUCGUUGAAAAAAUCGCGUCUUGGUCAAAAAGCGUUUAUCCAUUCAGAGACGAAUACGAAAAUAUUUGAAGUGCCGGAUGAAAAUACGAUUUUUGAGCUAGCCAGCGCGAGGCCGAAAAAAUAUAAAGCGUUCUUGGAUAGAAUCGCUGGGCAGAAGGGCCCUGAAAAAGAUAUAAAACAACCAGAGCCACUUGUUGAUGUAGAAAAAUCGGAAGAACUGACGAUGAAAAAUGAAGAGGUUGAAAUAGAAAAGCCUCCAGUUGUCGCUGGAAAUGGAGAAUUCUUCCUUGCUUUCAUCAAGAAAAACUAG